CUCGGCUGCUACUACUACUGCGUUGUGCGCACAAUGCCAAGCGACCCACUACUGCCCUGCGUCUGCGUGUGCCGCGUAUACGCACAAGCCAAAGAGAAUUUUUAGGCGGGUAGAAACAAAAAUCAGACCCAGUUUCGCGCAAAAAAAAAAACAAAGAGAAGCCCGGGGGUAAGAGAGAGAGAGAGAAUUUGGGAGAUGUGAGACGGAAGCAACAAGCACAUGAGCGUUUUGUGAUUAGGAACGGACAAAACAAGGUCAUAAGGCGGCCUAAUCAGGAUUGGAGGAGAGGUCUAGUCUCCCUUUCUAGUUUCCCCUACAUGACCAGCGUUGCCACCAGGAUUGCCACGCUCGUGCGGGCCGCGGCGGCGGCGAGCCGGCCAUUGCGGCUCCACCGCCGGCCCGGCGGCGAGGAUACGAGGAUGGUGGUGAUCGUCGGCGCCACGGGCACCGGGAAGACCAAGCUGUCCAUCGACGCCGCCAAGGUGAUCGGCGGCGAGGUUGUCAACGCCGACAAGAUUCAGCUCUAUGACGGCCUCGACGUGACCACCAACAAGGUGAGCCUCGCCGACCGCCGUGGCGUGCCGCACCACCUCCUCGGAGCCAUCCGCCCCGAGGCCGGCGAGCUCCCGCCGUCGUCCUUCCGGUCCCUCGCCGCCGCCACGGCCGCGUCGAUCGCGGCGAGGCGGCUCGUGCCGGUCAUCGCCGGUGGGUCGAACUCCCUCAUCCACGCCCUCCUCGCCGACCACUUCGACGCCUCCGCUGGCGAUCCCUUCUCCCCCGCCGCCGCCUUCCGCCACUACCGCCCGGCGCUCCGGUUCCCGUGCUGCCUGCUCUGGGUCCACGUCGAUGAGGCGCUCCUCGACGAGUACCUCGACCGCCGCGUGGACGACAUGGUGGACGCUGGCAUGGUCGAGGAGCUCCGGGAGUACUUCGCCACGACAACCGCCGCGGAGCGCGCCGCGCACUCCGGGCUGGGCAAGGCCAUCGGCGUCCCCGAGCUCGGCGACUACUUCGCCGGGCGCAAGACCUUCUCCGAGGCGAUCGACGACAUCAAAGCCAACACCCGCGUCCUCGCCGCCGCGCAGGUGUCCAAGAUCCGCCGCAUGUCCGACGCCUGGGGCUGGCCCAUCCACCGCCUCGACGCCUCCGACACAGUCCGCGCCAGGCUCACGCGGGCGGGCUCCGCCGCCGAGUCCGCCUCCUGGGAGCGCGACGUGCGCGGCCCAGGCCUCGCCACCAUCCGCAGCUUCCUCGCCGAUCAGUCACCGCCACCGCGCAGCGAGGGCACCAACGACUACCUGUACGCCAUGGAGACGGAACCAGAGCCGCCGCCGCCGCCGACGUUGCCGCCGCGGCUGCUCCGGUUGCCGCGGAUGCAGUACUGCGACAUGGUGGGGUGAGCUCGCCGCCGCCGCCGCCGCCGCACGGCGCCGCAGUCACUUCAUUGAAGGCUUUUGGGGGUUCGAGGGUUUAGGCCGCCAAUUUUCCAGUGUCCCGGCGGCGCCCUUCUCUGACACUGCUCGGUGGGCCCAGAAAAAGUAGCCAGUGACAUAGAAAGAAGAGACAAAGGUAAUUAACGUAGAGAGAGAGAAGCUAAGCUAUGCAACUGAUGAGAAGUGUUCUUCUUCAUUGCAGCAGAAUUUGUGUACUCUUUCUUGGAGAGGUGGUGAUUCAUCACAUCGCUCUCCUCCUAACCGCGGCACUGUAUGUAUGUAGUGAGUAGUACUAAUCAUCUAAUUAUCCACCGUGUUCAGAAUUUUGAGACAGAUAAUGAGUACAGUCUAGUAUAUGAUUUUUCAUCA